AUGUGGGUGAACCCCGAAGAGGUGCUGCUGGCCAACGCGCUGUGGAUCACCGAGAGAGCCAACCCUUACUUCAUCCUGCAGCGGAGGAAGGGGCACUCGGGCGAUGGAGGCGGCGGCGGCGGACUGGCGGGCCUCUUGGUGGGCACCCUUGAUGUCGUGUUGGACUCCAGUGCCCGGGUCGCUCCUUACCGAAUCCUGUACCAGACUCCAGACUCUUUGGUUUAUUGGACCAUCGCCUGUGGUGGUUCCAGAAAAGAAAUCACUGAACACUGGGAAUGGCUGGAGCAGAAUCUGCUGCAGACACUUUCCAUCUUUGAAAAUGAGAACGAUAUCACCACAUUUGUGAGAGGAAAAAUACAGGGCAUCAUUGCAGAGUAUAACAAAAUCAACGACGUGAAGGAAGAUGAUGACACAGAGAAGUUCAAGGAAGCCAUUGUGAAGUUCCAUCGGCUGUUUGGAAUGCCCGAGGAAGAGAAACUCGUCAACUAUUACUCCUGCAGCUACUGGAAAGGGAAGGUCCCCCGACAGGGUUGGAUGUACCUCAGUAUUAAUCACCUGUGCUUUUAUUCUUUUCUGAUGGGAAGGGAAGCCAAGCUGGUCAUCCGGUGGGUGGACAUCACUCAGCUCGAGAAGAACGCCACGCUGCUUCUCCCCGAUGUGAUCAAAGUGAGCACGAGGUCUAGCGAGCAUUUCUUCUCUGUAUUCCUCAACAUCAAUGAGACCUUCAAGUUAAUGGAGCAGCUCGCCAACAUCGCCAUGAGGCAGCUCUUAGACAAUGAGGGCUUUGAACAAGAUCGAUCCCUGCCCAAACUGAAAAAGAAAUCUCCUAAGAAAGUGUCUGCCCUAAAACGUGAUCUGGACGCCAGGGCCAAGAGUGAGAGGUACCGUGCACUCUUCCGGCUGCCCAAAGAUGAAAAAUUAGAUGGCCACACAGACUGCACCCUCUGGACUCCAUUCAACAAAAUGCACAUUUUGGGGCAGAUGUUUGUGUCCACGAACUAUAUCUGCUUCACCAGCAAGGAGGAGAACCUGUGUAGCCUCAUUAUCCCACUGCGAGAGGUGACGAUUGUGGAGAAGGCAGACAGCUCCAGCGUGCUCCCCAGCCCUCUGUCCAUCAGCACCAGGAACAGGAUGACCUUUCUCUUUGCCAACUUGAAGGAUAGAGACUUUCUGGUGCAGAGGAUCUCUGACUUCCUGCAGCAGACAACCUCCAAAAUAUACUCAGACAAAGAAUUCGCAGGAAGCUACAACAGUUCGGAUGAUGAGGUGUAUUCUCGGCCCAGCAGCCUCGUUUCCUCCAGUCCCCAGAGGAGCACCAGCUCCGAUGCCGAUGGCGAGCGCCAGUUCAACCUCAAUGGCAACAGUGUCCCCACGGCCACACAGACCCUGAUGACCAUGUAUCGGCGGCGGUCUCCCGAGGAGUUCAACCCGAAAUUGGCCAAAGAGUUUUUGAAAGAGCAGGCCUGGAAGAUUCACUUUGCGGAGUACGGGCAAGGGAUCUGCAUGUACCGCACAGAAAAGACCCGGGAGCUGGUGCUGAAGGGCGUCCCCGAGAGCAUGCGUGGGGAGCUCUGGCUGCUGCUGUCAGGGGCCAUCAACGAGAAGGCCACCCACCCCGGCUACUAUGAGGACCUCGUGGAGAAGUCCAUGGGGAAGUACAACCUCGCCACGGAGGAAAUUGAGCGGGACCUGCACCGCUCCCUUCCGGAACACCCCGCUUUCCAGAACGAGAUGGGCAUCGCCGCUCUGAGGAGAGUCUUGACAGCUUAUGCUUUUCGAAAUCCUAACAUAGGGUAUUGCCAGGCCAUGAACAUUGUCACAUCUGUGCUGCUGCUUUAUGCCAAAGAGGAGGAAGCUUUCUGGCUGCUGGUGGCUUUGUGUGAACGCAUGCUCCCUGAUUACUACAACACCAGGGUGGUUGGUGCUCUGGUGGACCAGGGUGUCUUCGAGGAACUGGCCCGGGACUAUGUCCCGCAGCUGUACGACUGCAUGCAGGACCUGGGCGUGAUCUCCACCAUCUCCCUGUCCUGGUUCCUCACCCUUUUUCUCAGCGUGAUGCCCUUUGAAAGCGCAGUGGUGGUUGUCGACUGUUUCUUCUAUGAAGGAAUCAAAGUGAUAUUCCAGUUGGCCCUAGCUGUGCUCGAUGCAAACGUAGACAAGCUUUUGAACUGCAAGGAUGACGGGGAGGCUAUGACCGUUUUGGGAAGGUAUUUGGACAGCGUGACCAACAAAGACAGCACGCUGCCCCCCAUCCCUCACCUCCACUCCCUGCUCAGUGAUGACGUGGAGCCCUAUCCUGAGGUUGACAUUUUCAGACUCAUCAGAACUUCCUAUGAGAAAUUUGGAACUAUCCGGGCGGAUUUGAUUGAGCAGAUGAGAUUUAAACAGAGACUAAAGGUGAUCCAGACGCUGGAAGAUACUACAAAACGCAAUGUGGUACGAACCAUUGUGACCGAAACUUCCUUUACCAUUGAUGAACUCGAAGAACUUUAUGCUCUUUUCAAGGCGGAACAUCUAACCAGCUGCUACUGGGGCGGGAGCAGCAACGCGCUGGACCGGCAUGACCCCAGCCUGCCUUACCUCGAGCAGUAUCGCAUCGACUUGGAGCAGUUCAAGGGCAUGUUUGCGCUGCUGUUUCCCUGGGCCUGCGGAACUCACUCUGACGUGCUGGCCUCCCGCUUAUUCCAGUUAUUAGAUGAGAAUGGAGACUCUCUGAUCAACUUCCGAGAGUUUGUCUCGGGGCUGAGUGCCGCGUGCCAUGGGGACCUCACAGAGAAACUCAAACUCCUGUACAAAAUGCACGUCCUACCUGAGCCAUCCUCCGAUCAAGACGAGCCCGAUUCUGCUUUUGAAGCGACUCAGUACUUCUUUGAAGACAUCACCCCAGAAUGCACACAUGUGGUUGGAUUGGACAGCAGAAGCAAACACAGCGCAGAUGAUGGCUUUGUUACAGUGAGUUUAAAGCCGGACAGAGGGAAGAGGGCAAACUCUCAAGAAAAUCGUAAUUAUCUGAGACUCUGGACUCCAGAAAAUAAAGCCAAAUCAAAGAAUGCAAAGGAUUUACCAAAAUUGAAUCAGGGGCAGUUUAUUGAGCUGUGCAAGACGAUGUACAACAUGUUCAGCGAGGACCCCAACGAGCAGGAGCUGUACCACGCCACGGCGGCGGUGACCAGCCUCCUGCUGGAGAUUGGGGAAGUGGGCAAGCUCUUCACCCCCCAGCCUGCCAAGGAGGGCGGGGGUGGGGGCAGCGGGCCGGCCGGCCACCAGGGCCUCCCUGGCAGCGUGCUCUUCCCCAAGAAAGGGCUGAGCCAGCCUUACGUGCCCGAAGCGGCGGAGCCCCUCCCUGCCAGCUUGGCCGGCGCCGGUGAGGAGCACUCCCUGGGCGGACAGAUGGAGGACAUCAAGCUGGAGGACUCCUCGCCCCGGGACCACGGGGCCUGCUCCUCCAUGCUCAUCUCUGACGACGACACCAAGGACGACAGCUCCAUGUCCUCCUACUCGGUGCUGAGUGCCGGCUCCCACGAGGAGGACAAGCUGCACUGCGAGGACAUUGGCGAGGACACGGUCCUGGUGCGCAGCGGCCAAGGCACAGCGGCGCUGCCCCGAAGCACCAGCCUGGACCGGGACUGGGCCAUCACCUUCGAACAGUUCCUGGCCUCUCUCCUGACCGAGCCGGCCCUCGUGAAGUACUUCGACAAGCCCGUGUGCAUGAUGGCCAGGAUCACCAGUGCAAAAAACAUCCGGAUGAUGGGCAAGCCCCUCACCUCCAUCAGUGACUAUGAGAUCUCAGCCUUGUCCGGCUGA